UGGAAAUGGCCUGCCCCACCUCCCUGAACAGCUUAUACUGGGCUGACCCAGAGCCUGGGCUCCAGGAGCCCUUUGGUUGGUGGGACCCUGGCUGAGAACUACCCUCCUUCCUCCCAGGCUUCCUCAUUUGCUUCCAGCUCCCAAGAGGACUGAGUCUUCAUUUCUUCACCUCUAGAGUGGCCUAGUCUGGAGGCCACUCAGAUCCAAGAUGGCUGGCAUGGGGGUUGAGGGGUGGUUUGGGAGUCAGGCCUGGGUUCCAAGGCCUGUUUCCUCAUGGGGCAGUCCAAAGGAGAUAAUGGGUGAAGAGUGGCUGUCAUCCCUGGUGCUUUAGGUCAGUAGAGUUGGGACACAGUGGCAAUUUCCUUGGGGAAGUGGCAGCUUCCACGGGCCUCUUGACAGUGAUGACCAGCCUUCCAAGUUACCAACAAGGGGCUCUGAAACAGUCCUCCCCAUCCCUCAGCCAGACCAGCAAGGAGAAAGUGUUAGUUGGCUCCAAUAUGUCCCAGGGCCUACAGCCCCCCUGUGCUUCCCUGUCUCAAGGCAGUGGAGUGUUCUUUAGGAGCUUCCUUCCUAUAAGGCUAUGGGCCCAGUGCCUGGAGCCCCAGGUACCUCAUGGAUGUCCCCUCCAAGGCUCAAGUCCCUUUGUUACUCUGCUGGUGAGGGAUGGGAGAGCAGGAGGGAUAGGUUUCUGGGGCACUUCCUUUGGGUGUGAAGGAGACUCCCUCACAGUAAGGAACUUGAGAAUUGACUGGCCCCUUGGAGCUUUCUAACAGGUGCCUGCCUGCCUCCUUCCAUUCCAGGGGUAAUGGGUAGUGUUUCUAAGGGGUUACUUUACCUGAGUUCAGGAUGGCCCUUUCCCUCCACCCAAGCCCCCAAUCCUGGCCAGGAGGGACCCAGGGCCUGCUGCUUUCUGCCUGGGCAAAGAGAAGUUUCAUCUAAGUCUGUAUGUAGAAGAGAGGGAAUAAGGAGACUGCCCAUAGACUGCCCUGUGGGACUGCCCUUGGAGAAGGAAUUGUGGAGAAAAUGAAAACCAGUCCUUUGCCAGGCGUUACACCUUUCCCAUUUAGCCUCCCAACCCCUCUGUGAAGUCACUGAGUAUCCCAGGUGCUCAUCUUCAUUUUACAAGGCCCAGAGGGCUGAAUUAGUCUGUCUCCAGUUUGACAGAUCAGAAAUGGCAGAGGAAUGGUUUGAAGCUGAGCUCUCCUCAGCCCAUGGCUGGAAUUUCUUUAUGCACCCUUACUUCUCUGUAUGAGAGAGAUCUAAAGGAGGGGAACGGUGGUGGCCAGGAGCUCCAUUCCUGGUUGUCUUGAAGAAUUUUCCUGUCAGAGCCCUCUGACAUUUUCCCUAGAAGAAUUCACAAGGAAGGAGGGAGAGCUCUGUGGCCAUGGUGGGACAAUCCUAGUUUUUCCCAGAGUCAAGCAGCAAGUGCAGGAGAGCUUUUGAAGGGCUCUCCAUGCCCCUGCAUCAUCCCUGCCUCAUAAUUGGUGGAGUGAGCUGCCUUAUUCCGUAGUGAGUUAUAUGCCUCCAGGGAAAUUCCCAUCCAUUGAAUCCUAGGCCAAGCUUGGGUCCCAAGCUCCCUCAGGCUGAAGACCAGUCUGGGUUGCUGGGUUCUGUUUGGGUGUUUGGGGGAGCUUCCCAAAGAUGCUGGUAUUCUCCUGAAGCCUUUGUCCUUAGCAGUUGUUCUCUGCCCCCAGAAGGACUCAGACACAGAGAUACAACACUUCAGGCUGGCCUGGAUGCCAGAAGCAGGUUCCCCUCAGUGUGAUUUGGCUUAUUUCUCCAUAAAGUGUUCUUCAAACCCUCUGGGGAUGGGGCUGUCUAUCCUUAGGUUUUGUGGGCUCAGCAGGUCUGAGGAGGGCGCACCUGAAGCCAACCCCUAAAGUUGGCCUAAGCUUCCUGGAAGACACUGCUAGUGAGGAUAUCUCAGCUACAGGAUGAGCCCCAGUAUUCUAGGCUCCCUAGGCCUGCUUCGCUCUUUACUACAGGUCCAGAGCUUGACACUGGCCCCUUGGGCUACUGGCCUUAAGAGGUGGCUGGGCCCUCCAGGGGCUGCACCAACCACCAGCAGUGACUGGGCAGGUAGAACACCUGGGUGCUGGAAGGGGGGGGAGGGAGGAGACUAGGAGCAAGUGUAGCUUUGUGACACGUAUGUGUGUCUCAUUUGUGGGAGGCCAGCCAGCCAGGUUGCAGGGAGCCCAAUGGAUCCCUCCCUUCCCCUUGACAAAGGAUGCAGGAUGUUUCCCUCCCACCUUGUUAAAGAUUUUAAUCUGUUUGGGCUAGCCUUCUUCAAAGACCUAUUCAGCUCCCUAGGAAUGCAGGAGGAACAGCCCCAGGAGGCUGCCGAGGAGCCAGCCCCUCCCACCGGGGCUUCGGACUGUGGCCCUGGGGUGGUCUCCAGUGAUUCUCAGAAUCUUUCUGACGUAGAUGCUUUUAAGAUCCUCUUGGAGAUGAAAAUGAAGAAGAGGCAAAAGCAGCCCAGUCUGCCGGGCACUGUCACUGAAUUGGUCACAGAAGAAGGCAGUAAGGUGUAUGUGGUCGGCACUGCUCACUUCAGUGAUGACAGCAAGAGAGACGUUGUGAAGACCAUUCAGGAGGUGCAGCCCGACGUGGUUGUGGUGGAGCUUUGUCAGUACAGAGUUUCCAUGUUGAAGAUGGAUGAGAAGACGCUGCUGAAGGAGGCCAAGGAAAUCAACCUCGAAAAGCUCCAGCAAGCAGUCAAGCAGAAUGGAGUCAUGUCGGGCCUGAUGCAGAUGCUCCUUCUGAAGGUGUCUGCACACAUCACGGAGCAGCUGGGGAUGGCCCCUGGUGGCGAGUUCAGAGAGGCCUUCAAGGAGGCCAGUAAGGUGCCUUUCUGCAAGUUCCACCUUGGCGACAGGCCGAUCCCAGUGACCUUCAAGAGAGCCAUUGCGGCCCUGUCCUUCUGGCAGAAGGUGAAGCUGGCCUGGGGCUUGUGUUUCCUCUCCGACCCCAUCAGUAAGGACGACGUAGAGAAGUGUAAGCAGAAGGACCUGUUGGAGCAGAUGAUGGCAGAGAUGAUCGGAGAGUUUCCUGAUCUCCAUCGCACCAUCGUCUCCGAAAGAGACAUCUACCUGACCUACAUGCUGCGCCAGGCGGCCAAGCGGCUGGAGCUGCCUCGGGCUUCCGAAGCGGAGCCCAGGAAGAGCAUCCCUUCUGUAGUGGUUGGAGUGGUAGGCAUGGGCCACGUGCCUGGCAUCGAGAAGAACUGGACCACCGACCUGAACAUCCAGGAGAUCAUGAGCGUCCCGCCCCCGUCCAUCUCGAGCAAAGUGUCCAGGUUUGUCGUGAAAGCGGCCUUCUUUGGACUGAUGUGCUACGGCUUCUACCGGGAGUGUCCAGCCCCUGGGAGGAGACAGGCCGUGAGCGGGGCCAGGUUUAGAUGGAUGGAGAGGACAAAGGAGGGCUCUUCAGCAUGUGAACGUGAAGAAUUGGACGUGUGGAGCCCAGGGAGCAGAACCCAGCACAGUGAUGGCAACUACAAUAGUGCUCACGUUUGUAAAGCACCAACAAAUACUGCCUCAUGGGAUCUUCACAACAGCCAUGCCACUAUGGAUUCCUGGAACUAUGAUUCCUGUUUUACAGAGGAAGAAACUGAGGCAGACAGGUCAAGUGGCUUGCCCAGGAUCACAGCAGGAAUUGCCCGGAUUUGCCAUCCUCUGUGUUGACCCCUAGCUACUACUGGAAUGAGACCACUGUGUGUCCUGUGUGCCUGGUGGGCUACUGAGUUUUUAACAACUCUGCUUUAUUGCCAGGUGGUUCUGUUGGGAAGGAAGGGGACAGUGAGAAGUGAAGGACACAAAAGCCAUUGAUAAAACUUUCAAAAAGACCACAGGAGGCAAAAUUGGAACAUUAGUGCAUUGCUGGUGGAGUUGUGAAUUGAUCCAACCAUUCUGGAGGGCAAUUUGGAACUGUCCAAAGGGCUAUAAAAGACUGUCCGCCCUUUGAUCCAGCCACAGCACUGCUGGGCUUGUACCCCAAAGAGAGAAUAAGGGAAAAGGCCUGUACAAGAAUAUUCCUAGCGGCGCUCUUUGUGGUGGCAAAAAAAAAUGGAAAAUGAGGGGAUGCCCUUCGAUUGGGGAACAGCUGAACAAAUUGUGGUACAUGUUGGUGAGGGAAUACUAUUGUGCUCAAAGGAAUGAUGAACUGGAGGGAUUCCAUGUGAACUGGACCGACCUCCAGGGAUUGGUGCAGAGUGAAUGGAGCAGAACCAGGAGAACAUUGUACACGGAGACGGAUUCACUGUGGUACAAUUGAAUGUAAUGGAUUUUUCUACUAGCAGCAAUGCAAUGAUCCAGGACAGUUCUGAGGGACUUGUGAGAAAGAUGCUAACCACAUCCAGAGGAAGAACUGUGGGAGCAAAACCAGAAGAAAAACAACUGCUGGAUCACAUGGGUUAAUGGGGAUAUGAUUGGAGGAUGUAGACUCUAAUAAAUGAUUACUCUAAUGCAAUUAUCAAUAAUAGGGAAAUAGGUCUUGAUCAAUGAUACAUAAAAAGCCCAGUGGAAUUGCUUGUCAGGGGGGGAGGAGAGAAAGAGCAUGAAUCAUUUAAACAUGGAAAAAUAUUCUAAAUUAAUUAAAAUUUUUCAAUUUAAAAAAAGGGGGGGGGCUACAGGAGAAUGUUACAGAAUGGCAUGAGGAGGCUGCAUCUGGUUCGCGCUCUCACAGCCAUUGCAGCACAUUGAGCUCCAAAGGUACAGUGCCGGGGCAAGUAAGAACUGGACGGGCACCAGGUGAGGUGCUGAGGGAAAAUAAUCAAAAAUGGAUAAAGGUGAUCCUAAGAAGCUGAGAGGGAAAAUGUCUUCAUGCCUUCUUUGUGCAAACUUGCUGGGAGGAACACACGAAGAAGCACCUAGAUGCUUCUGUGAACUCAGAAUUUUCUAAAAAAUUCUCAGAAAGGUGGAAGACAAUGUCAGCCAAAGAGAAAGAAAAAUUUGAAGACGUGGCAAAAGCUAAAGUUCAUUCUGAAAGAUAAAUGAAAAUCUACAUACCACCUAAAGGAGAAACAAAAAAAGAAGUUUAAGGAUCCCAAUGCACCUUCAGCAUUUUUCAUAUUCUGUUCUGAGUAUUGUUCAAAAAUCAAAGUGGAGCAUCCUGGUCUUUUAUUGGAGAUGUGGCCAAAAAAUUCUGCUGCAGAUGACAAACAACCUUAUGAAAAGAAGGCAGCUAAGCUGAAGGAAAAGUAUGAAAAGGAUAUUGCUGUGUACCAAGCUAAAGGAAAACCUGAUGUGGGUAAAAAGGGAGGAGUUGCCAAAGCUGAGAAGAACAAGAAAAAGAAGGAAAAGGAAGAAAGUGAGGAAUAUGAAGAUGAGGAGGGAUGAUGAUGAAGAUGAAUAAGUUGGUUCUAGAGCAGUUUUUUUCUUGUCUAUAAAGCAUUUAACCCCCCUAUACAUAAUUUACUCCUUUUAAAGAAAAAAAAGUUGAAUUGUAAGACUGUAUAAGACUUGUUUUUAAACUGUACAGAAUUUUUUUUUUUGGUAUAGUUAACACACUACUGAAUGUGUCUUUAGAUAGCCCUUGUCCUUUAGUGGUAUUUUCAAUAGCCACUAACCUUGCCUGUUACAAUAUGGGGGUUGUAAAAUUGGCAUGGAAAUUUAAAGCAAGUUCUUGUUGGUGCAUAGCACAAAUUAGUUACAUAUGGGGAUGGUAGUUCAUUUUCAUCUUCAAUUAUCUUUGAUGCAGCAUAUGAAAUAAUUGUUGUUCUGUUAACUGAAUACCACUCUGUAAUUGAAAAAAAAAGUUGCAGCUGUUUUGUUGACAUUCCAAAUGCUUCUAAGUAAAUGCAAUUUUUAAAAUGAA